AUGACUUCUACAUGGGAAGAGUUAGCUGCCGACAAACGAAAUCGCAUCAAUGAAUCGAUUCCCGAGGAAUGGAGGAUCAAAGACCCGCCCGCUGAUGAUUCCGUCUUCGAAUUCCCGGCAAAGUCGGGCUUAAUCUCGGAUCAAGAAAUCAGUAUCACCGAAUCAAGCGCUACUGAUCUAGUCAAGCAGCUGGCGCAGGGAAAGUUGAAAGCAGUCGACGUGACAAUCGCAUUUUGCAAGAGAGCGGCACUGGCCCAUCAAUUGGUGAACUGUUGCUUGGAAUUCUUCCCUGAAAUGGCAAUCGCUCAAGCAAAAGAACUUGAUGCCUACUUCGAGGAACACAAGAAACCCGUGGGUCCGCUACAUGGUCUACCCAUCUCGCUCAAGGAUCAGCUACGUGUGAAGGGUCUUGAAACAUCGAUGGGAUAUGUCUCCUGGCUUGGUAAAUAUGACACGACUGAGUCGGUUCUCGUGACUCUUCUACGGAAGGCCGGCGCCAUUUUCUACACGAAGACCAAAUUGGUCGUGUGGUGGGAGCUCGGGGGUGAGGGUGCCAUGGUCGGUAUUCGAGGCGGUGUUAUUGGAGUAGGAACGGAUAUUGGUGGUUCAAUUCGUGUUCCAUCUGCCUUCAACUUUUUAUACGGCAUCAGGCCGAGUCAUGGCCGCAUGCCGUACGCAAAAAUGGCAAAUAGUAUGGAGGGCCAGGAGACUGUGCAUAGUGUAGUUGGACCGAUGGCCCAUUCAGCAGCAGAUCUUAGGUUGUUCCUUACUUCCGUGUUGAGCCAGGAACCUUGGAAGUACGACUCAAAGGUUGUCCCACUCCCGUGGAGAUCGACUGAGGAAGAGGUGACCAAAUCGAAGAUUCAAAGUGGACUCAACCUAGGAUACUACUCCUGCGAUGGUGUUGUUCUCCCUCAUCCUCCAAUUCUAAGAGGUAUUGAGAUGGUGGUCUCAACUCUGAAGAAAAAUGGACAUACAGUCGCCCCCUGGACGCCGUACAAACACAAUUUUGGGCACGAUCUUAUCAACGACAUAUACGCAGCAGAUGGAAACGCCGAUGUUUUCAAAGAUAUCAAUGCUUCAGGGGAGCCAUCAAUCCCAAACAUCAAAGACCUUUUGAACCCAGACAAGGAAAAGAUUGACAUGAACCAACUGUGGGGCACCCAUCUCAAGAAAUGGAACUAUCAAAGCGAGUACCUCGAUAAAUGGCGUGAACUCGAGGAGCAACAAGGCAAGGAAUUGGACGCAAUCAUUGCCCCAAUUACAGCAACAGCAGCCAUCCGCCAUAAUCAGUUCCGGUAUUAUGGGUAUGCAUCGGUGAUUAACUUGCUCGACUUCACUAGCGUCGUUGUUCCAGUCACGUUUGCCGAUAAGAAAUUGGACGCGAAGAAAGACGAUUACCAGCCGUUGAGUGAAUUGGAUGCCACUGUGCAAGCCGAGUAUGACCCGGAGGUAUAUCAUGGAGCCCCUGUGGCAGUUCAGGUCAUUGGUCGCCGACUAAGUGAAGAGCGUACUCUGGCGAUUGCAGAGGAAAUUGGGAAGUUACUUGGUAACUCGGUGACACCAUAG